ACGGUUCUUCUUCUUGCCGUGAGGCACUCUCCCGAAAUUCCCAAAUUCUUUUGAUUUAUCUACAAAUCCACUCGAAGUUUAGAUAGAUCACAACAACACAAGAAGAGAUUUUCAGAUUUGAAGCCCUUAUCAAGAGUCGCAGAGGAAGUUUUCGAAGUCGAUUCAAAUUGGGAGUCCUGAUAUUUUAAAGGUAUGAAUCUAGCCUUAAAAGAGGGAAGAUGUGUAAAGAACUAGAUUAGUUUUAGAAUUUCAAAUUCUAAUAGGGUUAGAUUAUUAUCUGUAAUUUUAGGGAUUGAGAUAAGAAUUUAGAAUUGGAAAAGGGUUUGGGUUCUCCCUGUUUCUGUAUAAAAGGGGAAGCUUCGGCUUUGAAAGGGGAGGAGGAAAAAUUGAAAAAAAAAGGGAGAAGGGAGAAGGAAAAAUCUGGGAGCCGGCAGCCACUGUGAAGCAAAAGAAGAAGAAAUCUUGUAUUCUGAAGUUUGCUGUAAAUAAAUAAAUUCGUUUUCUCCUUUUCAGCUGUUGAAAGAUUGAUCCUAAAAAAGAAUUAUCCAAGAAUUCGUUCACCUAUUCUCACUAGAGCUCUUGUAAGGAAGAUGGCUGACGAAGCUAAUUUAGAGAAGGUAGCUCUAGAAAAUCGUGUUGAAAAUAUGGAAAAUACUUUGAAGGAAUUGAUGGCUUCCUUCCAAUCUCUUCAAGCAACCUUAGUCACAAGGCCACCUUUGACAACAAAUCCCUUGUUUGAAGGAAAUGCUUCUGUGGCAAAUCUCCCUAUCGUCACAUCUAUUCUUGGAAAGGAGCCAAUGUCAUCUUGCCCACCAAAUCCAACUAUCGGUGGAACUUCUAGGACAAAGCCAUUUGAUCUAAAUGCUGGUGUUAUUACAGUUCAAUCUAAUGAUCAAGAAGAGACUCAAGUUGUCAAGUCAAUCACAGAGGAUGAAGACAAGGUAAUUAAAGCGAAGGUGCAGUUGAUGGAGGAAACACUAAAAUCGAUGCAAGGUGUCCAAACCAAUAAACCGGUUGACAUCUCAUAUUUGUGCUUUUUCCCAAACAUUCAAUUGCCCCAUAAGUUUAAAUUGCCUGAGUUUGAUAAGUACAAUGGCACUGGUUGUCCUUAUGCCCACUUGACGAUGUAUUGUAGGAAGAUGGCUCCUUAUGCCAAUGAUGAGAAGCUAAUGGUACAUUACUUUCAGGAAAGUCUGACAGGUCCUGCAGAUGCUUGGUUCUCAACUUUAGACAAGAGUAAAGUUAAGAGUUGGCAUGAUUUGACUCACAACUUUAUGAAGCAAUAUGAAUACAAUACGUCAUUAGCUCCUAGUAGAGAGGAUCUUCAAAAGACAGAAAAGAAACCAAGUGAGAGCUUUAAGGAAUUUGCACAGAGAUGGCGUGGAUUGGCUGCUCGAGUUCAACCUCCACUAACUGACCAUGAAUUGAGUAAUUUAUUCAUCAAGUCAACCAAAGGGCCUUAUCGUGAGAAAUUAAUAACUUGUGUGAAUUACACUUUUGCUCAGUUGGUUGUUGUGGGAGAACAAGUGGAGGAUGGAAUCAAGUCUGGAAUUAUCAUGGAUUAUCAAGCAAUGAAGAGUAUCCUUGAGCAAUACCAAAAUGGUAGUUCAGGGGCUUCUAGUUCAAGGAAAGUUGGUCAAAAUCGAAAGGAGGAGAAUGGGAAUGGCACUAUAAGCUCAGUUUAUAAUCAGUCACAGGGGCAGUUCAACAAUCGAUUACAAGUUCCAACUUUUCAUUUAACGGCUUUCACAAGUCAAUCAAGGCCCAUUUAUGCCUCUGGGACAAGUCGUCCACAACAAGAGAAAAAGAGACGCUAUUUUGAUAAACUUCUAAUGUCAUAUACUGAAGUGUUUCGACAGUUGAUAGCAGCUAGGCUUGUUACCCCUGUACCUAUGAUGCCAUUAAAUCCACCAUUUCCAAUAUGGUAUAACCCACAAGCAAGAUGUGAAUACCAUAGUGGGGGUGUUGGGCAUGACCUUGAAAAUUGUCUUGCUUUAAAGCACCGUGUCCAAGAUCUGAUAGAUGCAAAGGAGUUACAAAUUACAUCAGAACCUGAGGUUGUUGGUCCAAAUAUCACUAAAAACCCUUUACCCACACAUGAUGGUCCAACGGUUAAUAUGAUCGAGAAAGAUUCCGAUAAAGGUCAUGAGGUGACUACGUCAACAAAUAAUGAUGGUUUGAGCACUUCUUUUUGAGAAGUUGAGCAUAUGUGUCAUUGAUGAAGGAAGGGGCGAUGACAAGCUUACUCUACCUACUCAUGGUGAAGCUUUAGACAACAAGACAGUAGAGAUUCUUCUUGUUCCUAUCAUUAAAUCGUAAGAUGUGUCAAUCUUCUUGUGGUUGAGCUUGUGACCAUGAGAAGAGAUGGUUAAAACAAGCCUUUUAUAUUUUAUGAAGCAUUGUAGGCAUGACAAAUAAUGUUCCAUUCAGUCC